GGCAUGCCUGAGAGGAGGAGGAGUCAAGCAUGCUGCCUGCUCCCCAGAAGAAAUGAAGGAUCUGCCAGUGAAGUGUGCAUGCGUCCAGGAAGGGUACGGCUCACCCGAGGACAGAACGCAGUGCUUGCGACUGACAGCGGACCGGGAUAAGCAUGAGAGUACUGCACUACAUGUGGCUCCCUCAGCCGCACGACACCCGCUUCGCUCAGAGAAUAGCAGUAAUGGUUUACGAAGAAAACGAAGCACCAGGACACUUCUGAGGCAACAGGACAGGAUGCGCUGCAUAUUGCUCAACAGUGGAGGUGGCGGUCGGGCUGAUUGUGUGCCAGGAACGAGCUUUAUGAUUGAUUGCAACAAGUGUAUUUGUGGGCAGUGCGGCAGGCGUGCGUACUGUACCAAGAAAAACUGCCGGAAUGUACUAGAUGAUGCGUGUGAACCUGGAAGAGUGACCAAAGUAGAAUGCAACACUUGUAUCUGCAGUGCUCACGGAAGGUGGACGUGUACCCAGAAGCUAUGCCACGGAUUCAAAUAUGAAGAAUGCGGACCCAGAACAGUACCGAAGGGACUUGACGACAUAGCAGCUAAUCAGUCGUGUAUUCCAGGCACUUCAUUCAGGAUCGGAUGUCAGCGGUGCUACUGCUCACACGAUGGUGUAUCGGCUGUGUGUCGCCGUCCACCCUGCAACGGUAUCAAAGGUGUGCUAGUUCAACUGGACAAGAAAUAUCCGCCUGAAGAAGGUGGUCCAGGAGAAGAUACAUGUGAAUGUGAGGUUCCAGGAGGAGAUGGAGGUGGAGGUGGAGUUGGAGGUGGAGGUCCAGGUGGAGAUGGUGGUGGAGUUGGAGGUGGAAGUGGAGGUGCAGGUGGUGGUGGAGUUGGAGGUGGAAUUGGUGGAGUUGGAGGUGGAAUUGGAGGUGGAGGAGGAGUUGUAGGUGGAGGAGGAGUUGUAGGUGGAGGUGGAGGUGGAAUUAUAGUUGUAGGUGGAGUUGGUGGUGGAGUUGUAGUUGGAGGUGGAAUAGUAGGUGGAGGUGGAGGUGUGGUUGGAGGCAGUGGUGGAGUUGGAGGAGGAAGUGGUGGUGGAGUUGGAGGUGGAGGUGGGGUUGGAGGUGGAAGUGGAAUUGGUGGAGAAAUUGGAGGUGGAGGUGGAAUUGGUGGUGGAGUUGGAGGUGGAGUUGGAGGUGUUGGAGGUGGAGGCGGAAGUGGAAGUGGAGGUGGAGGUGGAGGUGGAGGUGGAGGUGGAGGUGGAGGUGGAGGUGGAGGUGGAGGUGGAGGUGGAGGUGGAGGUGGAGGUGGAGUUGGAGGUGGAGUUGGAGGUGGAGGUGUAGUUGGUUGGGGAUCUGGAGGUGGAGGUGGAGGGGGAGGUGGAGGGGGAGGUGGAGGUGGUGGUGGAGGUGGAGGUGGAGGUGGUGGUGGAGGUGGAGGUGGAGGGGGAGUUGCAGGAGGAGGUGGUUGGGGAGGUGGAGGUAUAGUUGGAGGUGGAUUUGGAGCUGGAGGUGGAGGUGGAGGUGGAGGUGGAGGUGGAGGCGGAGGUGGAGGACUGGUUGGAGGUAGUGGUGGAGUUGGAGGUGUAGGUGGAGAUGGAGGUGGAGUAGGAGGUGGGGUUGGAGGUGCAGGGGGAGUUGCAGGUGGAGGUGGAGGUGCCAUUGUGGGUGGUAGUGAAAAUCCAUUUGCAGGUGGAGGUGUAGGUGGUGGAGAUAGUGGAGGUGGAGGUGGAGGUGGAGGUGCAAAUGGAGGUGGGGGUGGCGGUGGAGGUGGAGACGGUGGUGGAGGGGGAGGUGGAGGGGGAGAUGGAGGUGGUGGAGGUGGAGGUGGAGUUGGAGGUGGAGGUGGAGGUGGAGGUGGUUCGGUACAUGGAAGUGGAGGUGGAGGAGGAGGUGGAGGUGGUGGUGGAGGUGGAGGUGGAGGUGGAGGUGGAGGUGGAGGUGGAGGUGGAGGUGGAGGUGGAGGAGGAGGUGGAGGUGGAGGUGGAGGUGGAGGAGGAGGUUGGGGUGCAGGAUGGGGAGUAGGAGGUGCUUGGGGAGGUGGAGGUGGAGGAUGGUCCCCACCUAGAUCUGGAGAAAGGCAUCACAAUUCCACAUUACGUGUGAAAACCAGGCAAGCUUAA